AUGCUUAUUCCACUGUCUAUCUUGCAGCAUCCUAAUGGAUAUCUGCGAGAGCUGAAUGUCACCUACGACCCCGAUCUUCCCAUUAGCCACGCCUUUGGCCGUGUCAGCGUACAGAGAGGCUGGAAGCCUGGGUCUAAGCGAUGGAGAAAAGCUUGGAAUGCCUGUAUGAAUAGCGAGUAUAAUCGGUUGAUCGGCUCGCGUGUGACCAGCCUAGCCACAUGGCAGGAGUUGUGUGCUAAGGUCGGCCUUCGGGGAUCCUUCGAAUCCAUCAACAAGUGCAAGAAGGCCCUGGCUCGUGUUCAUGUCAACAUUGUUGAUCUUCUGGAGUGUUGGAAUAGCGACUCGACCCCCACUAUCUUCAAGAGCCAGAAAGCUCUUGCUGUGUAUACCCAGGGCAGCCAGAAGUACUUCAAACGAGAUGUGGCGAAGCAGGACAAUGUCCUCAAAGUCCUCCUGCGCAAGCUCAUCUGA